CCACUUCCGUGGCUUAUUUCGCGCUGCUACUGGAGGAGGAAGCUGUGCGAACUUAGCUAGGCUGUGGUGGCAGACGCUUUUAUUACGCUUUCAGCAUCCUUCUUGAAAAUAGUGAACAGGAGACUCGCUGAGUGAGUAUGACUCUGCAGUGGACGGCCGUGGCCCUCUUCCUCUACGUGGAGAUCGGAGUCCUCCUCAUCCUCUGCCUCCCCUUCGUCUCCCCCCAGAGAUGGCAGUCGGUGUUCAGGCUGAACAUCUGGAACAGGCUUUCCGGGUUCUGGAACAAGGGCUUCCUGACCAUGAUAAUCGUCCUCAUUGUCCUGUUCCUCGACGCAGUGAGGGAGGUGCGGAAGUAUUCGGGGGCGCAGGCGGGCAAGGACUCCAAGCUGCACCCCAACAUGUUCGACCACCUGCACAUGAAGCUGUUCCGGGCCCAGAGGAACCUCUACAUCUCCGGCUUCUCCCUCUUCCUCUGGCUUGUGCUGAGAAGGAUCAUCACGCUGAUUAGCCAGCUGGCCACCUCGCUGCUCAACGGCGCCGCCCUGCAGACCCAGGUGGACGGAGCCAACGAAGCGGCCAAGAAAUACAUGGAGGACAACGUACUGCUGAAACGGUCUCUGGAGGACGGCAAGGUGGACAAGGGGAGCGCGGAGGCGAAGCAGGAGCUCAGGAAGGAGGUGCAGAAGCUGUCGGAGGACCUGGAGAACGCAAGGGAUGCCCUGAAGAAGUCUCAGGCUGAAAUGCAGGCAAUGAAGAAACAAACAGAGGGUCUGACCAAGGAGUACGACAGGCUCCUGAUAGAGCACCAGAAACUGCAGAACCUUCACGAGGACGCGGGAGACAAGAAGGCCCAAUAGAGGUGGAGGUAGCCCGCGGCCCCCUACGAGCGAGCCAAUCGCGCGACAAGAAAGCAGGACGGCCGCGUCAGUCUCAUACAUUACGUCCCAAUGCGUACUGCAACCCCACACGAGACCAACACACACACACGCACACACACACACACACACACACACACACACAAGCAGCAGGUUGAGCCAACACCCUCAGUCCCACUGCGACCCAACAAGCAGACAGCCUCUCGUCUAAUUUCCGAACAUUUACGAAACGUUUCGGCAAGAAAGCUGUUGUUUUUUUGUUGUUUUUUUUUUACGUUCAAAGUCUCAGAGCAAGUCGAGCUACGGUACGUAGCCGUACUCUUCGCGACGUUUUCCAAAGUUCUGUUUACAGAUGAUGACGAUGAUGUUUUUACAGUUAAACGUUAAAUGUUAAUGUUAAACGUACGUGUGUGUUCACGCGUUUUGUGAGCACGCGCACGCGCUCGUGCACGUUCCUGAGCGCGACGAUCGACCGACCGCCAACCCGCUCGAUUCCGUCGCUCCGAUUCCCGGGCGCGUUCUCCCGUGCUCUUUUUUAUUUUUUUUCCUUUUAUUUUAUUUUUUUACGCCGAUUACGAUUUUGUUAUUCGCGUGUAUACUGGUGCGUUAAUGAUAUCCACAAGGCAAUGUGCAUGCACCUGAUUUAGAAGAAAAAAAAAUAGCAAGCUGUGAAAACUGCACUGGUGUGUUUGGUUCACGGGUGAGCGCUUCAGAAUAAGUUGAAGCUCUCUCUCGCUCUCUCUCUCUCCUCUCUCUCUCUCUAUAUCUCUCUUUCUCUCACUCUCUCUCUCUCAUAUGUUUAUAAUCCCACGUAUAACUUGUGUGACUGAAAUUUGAGGGCACUCCUGUUCCCAGCUGAGCUCUGAGCUCGUCGGCCAAUCAAAAACCUGGUUUUUGGAAACCGCACGGCCACUUCCAGCGAAUCGCAGCGCGGAGCCGCCGGCGAAAGCGUUCCGAGGCGCGCCGCCGAUCCCUUCGAUCGUUCGCCGCGGGCGGGCGGGCGGAAAACCCGGAAGGAAGCGCAGGGUGGGCGGGCGCGCAUCCGACUCCCGCCCGCCGUUUCCUGUUUCCCGCGCGGUCGGCUGCUGAAACCAUCGCGGGCGGGAAGUGACGGCGGCGGCGUUCUCUUAAUUUUCUGCGCCCGAGAAUGCCCAGCCGGUACCAGCGCGAACGUACGGAAUGAACCCGGAAAGGUCGCUCUUUUGUGUUCCUCGAUGAUAACCUUGGUCCCGGAGAGCCUUGUGGACUCGGCGCUUGAUUAGUAUGGUCUGUACACACGGUUAACUUUCCUGACCUGGUUUCCCACAUCUGCAGAGUUUAAGGUGAAUUCAGACACGCAGCAAACUGCCAGGCUCUCCCAGACUAGCGUUGGUCCUCUCUGUUGUAUAUACUCUCAAUAUUAUUACGUUGAUAGCAACAUUAGCACUAUACCUGUGGAUGGACUACCGAGGGUUGAAGACCUCCAAUACCGAAGUGCCUUAUAGCAGGGGCCCUCAAAGAAUGUCUGGGGGGGCCACAGGAGUACCACAAGGUCCUCAAAAUAAUGAGGAAAAAAAUAAAUAAAAUAUAUAUAUAUAUACUUUGCCGUUUAAGAAAAUUGUGUACAUUUCCUUAUUUCAUAAAUGACAUAUUUUGGAUUCUUUGAGAAAAUAAAGUUGUGUUUGAAAAUAAA